GGGGCUCCUUUUCCUUGCCAUGACCUUCUCCCCCCUCUCCCCCCACCCCUUGAAAAACCCCUCUCCAUCGCCUCUUCUCCCCUCCACGGGCCGCUCAAAACCCCUCUCCUCUCGCGUUCACAGAUUCUUCAAUCCUCCCGAAACCCUGACCCUAACCCCAGCGAGCAAUCGAAGACGAGAAAUGGCCCAGAGAGAGAAGGAGCUCCAGGUCCCGGAGACUCUCACCCUCUGCGUCAACAACUGCGGAUUCGCCUCCCCCUCGCCGCCCUCCCGCUCCAGCCACGAGAAAGCCAGCUCCGCCCCGGCUCGGUCGCCGGAUCCGGCAGCGGAAGCAGGGAGGGGAGCUGCGGAUGCGCCGGCGGCCAAGGCUGAUGCUGCCACCGCGGUGGUGUCGCCGGUGAGGCGGGUGAGCCGGUGCGCGGGUUGCCGGAAGAGGGUGGGGCUUACGGGGUUCCGGUGCCGGUGCGGAAGCAGGGAGGGAAGCCAAUGACCCCCCUCCAAACAACCCCUGUUGGAAGGGUCAUCCCUCCUCCCUCAACCCAUUCCAGAGAUCGGUAGAAGAGAUAGAGGUACAGAGACCAAACCCUUCUCCAAUCCCUCUUUUGCUUGAUCUUUUCGAUUUUUUUUUGGUUGUUUUCUCAUAUUUUCUUGGGAUCUAUUCUACCCUCAGAUGUCGAUGAGUUCUAUGCGAUGUGCGAUCCAGGUGAGUUUUUUUUUGUUUUUUUUGGUAAAGAUCGGUAGAAGUUUGAGAUCAGGGUUGUUUUGGUGUUAGAUCUGGUUCUUGGAAUCGAGGAAUUUGGGUGU